UCAACCGUCCAUCCGUCCCCCCUCUCUCUCUGCACAAAGGCGGCGGCGGAGCCGCUUCUCAGCACCGGGGCUUCCCCUCUGCGGUUGCCAGCUGGACCAGCGAGUCAAGCUGCCCGCCCGUCCCGCCCAGAAAGUCGGAAGCCAGCCUCUUGGCCCUCUUCCUCCUCCUCCUGCUCUUCCCCGCCCUCCGUCCCUUACUCCGGACAGGGUGGCCCCACCAGCCUGUCUUGGGGCGCCUAGUGGAGCGAGCGAGCGAGAGAGGGAGACGGUGGGGGGCGCCCCCGGCCGGGCCAUGAUCAGCCGGAGAGACACCCAGCGGGCCGUGGAGAUCCUGGCCCGGUACCAGGGAAGUUUGCGGUCCCCAGUGGAGCAGCCUCUGCAAGUAUCCAUCGAGAAAGUGGUCCACGUCUUCCAGAGCAAGCUGUUCCAGGCACUGCUGGAUAUCCAGGAGUGUUAUGAGCUGAAUUUGCUCUCUGCCUGCAAGGAAGAUGGUGCAGUGGAUCCGGAUCCUGGUGCAUUGUCCAAGCAUCAAGAUGAUGCCAUCAUAAAGUGCUACCUGGAGAAUCAUGGCCAUAACAGAUAUGUCCUGCAGGGGAAGCUACAGGGACGAGCAGCUUGGGACCAGGACUCAGGGGAGGCUCCACGGUUGGUGAGAGUGACUGAGAGCAGGACCGAGUUGCCGGCACGAGUCUGCAGCCUGGUGGUGGGUGUCUGCAGCGCCUUGCCCAAGGCCAGCCCCUCGCCCAUUAUUGUGAACACGGACACCCUGGAGCCCAGCCUCUCUGUGAAUGGCAGUGACGGGAUGUUCAAGUAUGAGGAGAUUGUCCUGGAAAGGGGAAACUCUGGCCUUGGAUUUAGCAUUGCUGGGGGCAUUGAUAAUCCACACAUCCCCGAUGACCCUGGCAUUUUCAUAACUAAGAUCAUCCCAGGUGGUGCAGCUGCCAUGGAUGGGCGGUUGGGGGUGAACGACUGUGUGCUGAGAGUGAACGAAGUUGACGUCUCCGAGGUCGUGCACAGCAAGGCUGUGGAGGCCCUGAAGGAAGCGGGGCCUGUGGUGCGGCUCCUGGUGCGGAGAAGGCAGCCCCCGCCAGAGACCAUCAUGGAGGUCAACCUGAUGAAGGGACCCAAAGGACUGGGCUUCAGCAUCGCCGGGGGCAUCGGGAACCAGCACAUCCCAGGGGACAACAGCAUCUACAUUACCAAGAUCAUAGAAGGUGGGGCGGCCCAGAAAGACGGACGGCUGCAGAUUGGUGACCGGCUGCUAGCAGUGAACAACAGCAACCUGCAGGAUGUCCGGCAUGAGGAGGCUGUGGCUGCGCUGAAGAACACCUCCGAUAUGGUAUACCUGAAGGUGGCCAAGCCAGGAGGCUCCCACCUCAAUGACGUGUACGCGCCGCCCGACUACGCCAGCACUUUCUCCGCCUUGGCCGACAACCACAUAAGCCAUAACCCUGGCCUGGGCUACCUGGGAGGCAUGGAGAGCAAGCCACCUUACCCUGCUCCGCCGCAGGUCACGCCUGCCCGCUACUCACCUGUGCCACGCCAUAUGAUCAGUGAUGAGGAUUUCACCAGGGAGCCCCGGAAGAUCACCUUGCACAAAGGCUCCACCGGCUUGGGCUUCAACAUUGUAGGGGGCGAGGAUGGAGAGGGCAUCUUUGUCUCCUUCAUCCUGGCAGGGGGCCCUGCGGACCUGAGCGGGGAGCUUCGCCGUGGGGACCGCAUCCUUUCGGUGAAUGGUGUCAACCUCCGAAACGCUACUCAUGAGCAAGCGGCAGCUGCCUUGAAGAGGGCCGGGCAGACGGUCACCAUUGUAGCCCAGUACAGACCUGAAGAGUACAGCCGCUUUGAGUCUAAGAUCCAUGACCUCAGAGAACAGAUGAUGAACAGCAGCAUGAGUUCAGGAUCUGGCUCUCUUCGGACAAGUGAAAAGCGGUCUCUUUAUGUUCGGGCCCUCUUUGACUAUGACCGAACUCGGGACAGCUGCUUGCCCAGUCAAGGACUCAGUUUUUCGUACGGGGAUAUCUUGCAUGUUAUCAAUGCCUCCGAUGAUGAGUGGUGGCAGGCGAGGCUGGUGACGCCUCAUGGAGAAAGCGAGCAGAUUGGGGUCAUCCCCAGCAAGAAAAGAGUGGAAAAGAAGGAAAGGGCACGGUUGAAAACUGUGAAGUUCCAUGCCCGGACCGGGAUGAUAGAGUCCAACCGGUCGAUCAAAACGAAACGUAAAAAGAGUUUUCGCCUCUCUCGAAAGUUCCCAUUUUACAAGAGCAAAGAGAACAUGGCUCUGGAGAGCAGCGGACAGGAACAGGGCGUGACGACAAACACCAGUGACAGCGAGAGCAGUUCCAAAGGGCAGGAGGAUACAAUUCUGUCAUAUGAACCUGUGACACGGCAAGAAAUUCACUAUGCGAGACCAGUGAUUGUUCUGGGACCCAUGAAAGACCGAAUCAACGAUGACCUCAUCUCAGAGUUCCCACACAAAUUUGGCUCCUGUGUGCCACACACUACUAGGCCCCGGCGUGAGAAUGAGGUAGAUGGGCAGGAUUACCACUUUGUGGCAUCCCGGGAGCAGAUGGAGAAGGACAUUCAAGACAGCAAGUUCAUUGAGGCUGGGCAAUUCAAUGACAACCUCUAUGGGACCAGUAUUCAGUCUGUGCGGGCAGUAGCAGAACGGGGGAAGCACUGUAUCCUUGACGUGUCUGGCAACGCUAUCAAGAGGUUGCAGCAAGCACAACUCUACCCAAUUGCCAUUUUCAUCAAGCCAAAAUCCAUUGAAGCACUCAUGGAGAUGAACCGGAGGCAGACAUAUGAACAAGCCAACAAGAUCUUUGACAAAGCCAUGAAAUUGGAGCAGGAAUUUGGAGAGUAUUUUACAGCCAUUGUACAAGGAGAUUCGCUGGAAGAGAUUUACAGUAAAAUCAAACAGAUAAUAGAGGACCAAUCUGGGCAUUAUAUUUGGGUCCCGUCCCCUGAGAAACUGUGAAGUCUCUACCCUCCAAUCAACUUGUGAGAAGAUCAGAUACCCCUCCCCCCAGCCCUCUGCCCCAAGAGGGGGAGUGUGAAGACCAUCCCUGUCCUUUUUUUAGAUGGUUGACAAUUGAGUUUUCUAGUCCUGUUUUCUUUUUCUUGGGAUGGACCAAUCUCCUCCUUCAAUUGACUGUCCCUGCCCAUUCUUGCAUGGACCUUCUUGCUCCUCCCUUAGAAAUGGAGGCAAACCCCAUUUGAGAGUUUUGUGUGUUUUUUUUAAUAAAAAAUUGUUAUCAACAGUUAAAAUCAAGAAGCAAGCGGGAGGUGGCAGAUGAGGACUAGCUUAGAAGAGCCACCAAAGCAACAGAUUAGGACAGUGACUGCCCCUGUAAACAUGCUGAGGACUGAUAACCUGGGGCAGCUUUUCCAAGAGUGCAGUGAUUACCCAGCACUGUGACUGAAGGAAAGGAAAUAGAAUGAGUUUAUUUAUCUAUAUAUGUAAUAUAUAUACACUAUAUAUUAUAUAUAUAUCUGGACUAGAAAACAUGAGGGGGGCUGCUUAAGUGAUACUUUGCUAGUGCAAAAAUUGUACUGCUGCCAUAUCUUGGCCAUUGGGCAUAGAAACCUGUUGUGGUUGAUGGUGAAUUUAAUGGUACCAACUGUGUUUUGGAUGCUGCUCAGUGGUUUUUCCAAAUCCAGUUCUGUGGAGAAGGGUGUAUUUGGAAAGAACAGCAACUGGUGCUGUGAUUGCAGAGUAUGCAGAGGGCACAGAACCACAUGUGAAGUUACAGCAGUUGAUCUGAGCACGAGAAAGCAAAUGGAUAAUGCUACAUAUUAAUUGCACAUUGUUUUAUGUCACCUGAUGUGUUUGCAUGAGAGGUUUCUUGUUUUUUUUUUAAGCUGGUGUUAAACCAAAAUCAUGUUUGUGUUGGUGUGCUGGCUUUUCAUUAUUCCCAGCUUUGAUUUUAAUAAUGAACUGAACGGGUAUACAAUCCAGUUUUUUAACUUAUUUUUUAAGAUUGUUCCAUUGUAAAUAGAUUACAGACUCAGACCCAACCUACAGACCAUGUGGAAUGAGCACACCGGCUGUUCUGUCUUGUGAUGGGGUCACUUCCCUGGAGGGAGACUAAAACUCCAUCCCACUGACUUGUUCUGGUGGAAGAACAUUGAGUUCCAUGCUGUGAAGCUGAAAGCAGCAGACGACAAUGGAAAGAGAAGCUGUCGUAGAGGGAUACAAUAUCCCAAGCAUGUGAUGGAAUUUAGAAGUUAGACUUCUCUGGGAAUCCUUAUUCUAGCAGAAUUGUGUCAAAUUCUAGUUGCAACAUGUGAAGCCCUUCUACAAGCACAUCAGGGAUUCAGUGAAGAACAACAUUCCUCUUACUUUGCAUUUCUGUAUAAUUCCUGUUGCAGAGAUGGGGGCCCCAUCCACCCCAUGCUACCAACCUCUGCUUGCAGUUCUUCAACUAAAGGGAAGGUGAAAUUCAGAAUGCAAUCUGCUAUGAGGCACAGUCUUUCAUGGACUGAAGCAGUUGCUUCCAGGAAGCCUUGAUAUGUGCUCAUCUAAGUCAUGUCUGUCAAUGUGUAAGCUGUGUGGUUAACAAAGGAUCUUGUUUGUUCACUGAACAAGAAAAUGAGCUGGAUCAGAAUGCUGAGAAGAGUUUCCAAACAUCCCUAGUUUGGUACGAGCCCCUGCUAAUAUUCAAAAGGGGGAGAUUUUCUCACUUUCCUAGACUCACCCGUCCCCAACCUUGAAUCAGGUGAUUGUGCACAUCUGGUUUCUAUCAAGUGGCAAUGGCUGCUAUGGGAAGAAAUCCAAGUGUUCUUGGUUCUAAGGAAGUGAGUAGGCCUGGGCCUCAGAUUGUGUAGCAGGGUGAUGCUGCCCACUCCAUAGCUAGUAGGUAGCUCUGUCAUUCAUUGUGUGACUUGUGCACGGGCCUCAUUGUUAAAUAUGGGUGAAAACUCAUCUUGCGGAGAUUCAUUCUGGUAAGCAAGCAGCUGUUUCCACAGCAGCUGGUGUGGCAAGAACCUUGGUAGUACUGGAGCUGCUGUCUGCUGGCAGGACUGUGAAGAACAAAGAUGAGGGAACUGCUAUUGGGUAUGAGUUCCUGGUGGAGGGGAUUUGGACAAGGGGCUGCCACCUAUUUUUUUCUGCUCAGCUGGUGCUGCAAGGCAUGUUCUUGAGAAGUGGCCUGGGCACAAAAGCAGCAGCUUCUGAGGUGGCCAGUCUCCAAGUUCCAACUCCUUUUCUUUUCUAAUAGCCUGUCACCUUGUCUUCUAGGGCAAUGGAGGAAAGGCCUAUAUACUCCACAGCAUAGCUGAAAGUAUCAAUCAUGACACUAUAGUUGGUUUACCAGUGUUUCUUCCAAGGAGACAUAUAUUUUUAAUAAACGAAUGUUGCAAUGAA